AAAAAAAAAACCUCUUCCAAAAUCCGAAGUACUAAGCAAAAUGUGUAUGCUAAGAAUAUCAAAUGAGUUGCACGUUUGAAGGAAUUUUUCGAUUGCCUUGCUUGUUCAUGCAUAGUAUUUUUUAUUCCAUAACUUCGAUUCUUUUUCCUUCCCUUUUACGCCUAUUUAACCCUUAAUAACACAGUCACGACAAGUUUAUAUAUACAGAAACUUUUUGCAUAAUUCUCAAUCAUAUUUCUAAGCGAUUAUUGAAGACAUGAAGAUUUUUCAAAGCGGGAAUGUUCCAUUUGUUUUUCUUAAUUCUAAUACUUUCACUCAAUCUUGCAGGUAAUUCAAAUAUCAAGUAGUUGCCCUUUUUCUUGUAGUUUCCACAUGUACUUAAAUAUAUGUCCGUGGGGGCAGAUAAGAAAUUGCUGAAGGUCUAUAGAUUCUUUUUGGACUGCAACUUUUUAACAUGAUUGGACGGACAACACGAUGAGUCCACCCCUAGAAAAGCAAAAGAAAAACCGAGAAUAAAAUUACAUGAUGCGUAUGAGCAAAGGUCAGCAUCGCCUCUCUCCUUCUUCCUCUCCUUCUUCUCUCCUUCCUCCUUAUUGUUUCUCCCCAAACCUCAACCUCAACGCCCGAUUCCCUUCUUCAUCGUUCCCUAUACCUGGCCACCUGAGAACCCAUUAUAGAAACGCCUCCAAACCAGCCAUGACCGCCCCCCGAUUCCACCACCUCGUCCCUAUCAACUCUGCUCUAUCUGAAGACGGCACCGCCGGCAAUGGCUCUGCUAUCGCUUCCGCUACUUUCACUAAAGAAGACGAUGAGAAUGAUGCAAUCGGAGUUAAAUAUUGUCUCCCGCCACCCGAAAUUAGAGAUAUUGUUGAUGCUCCACCGCUUCCCGCACUGUCAUUUUCACCAUUAAGGGAUAAAAUUCUGUUUCUCAUGCGGAGAUCUUUGCCUCCGCUGGCAGAACUAGCAAGACCAGAGGAAAAGCUUGCUGGUAUUCGAAUCGAUGGGAAAUGCAACACAAGGAGCCGCAUGUCUUUCUACACUGGUAUAGGAAUCCAUCAACUGAUGCCUGAUGGCUCGUUGGGACCCGAAAAGGAGGUUAGAGGAUUCCCUGAUGGUGCUAAGAUUAAUGUUGUUACUUGGUCAAAUGAUGGUCGACAUUUAGCCUUUAGUGUUCGCGCUGAGGAAGAGGAGAGUAGUAGUAGUAGUAGUAGUAGUAAGCUCAGAGUGUGGGUUGCUGAUGUGGAAACUGGAACUGCUAGGCCUCUGUUUCAGUCACCGGAUAUUUAUCUGAAUGCAGUUUUUGAUAAUUAUGUUUGGGUGGAUAACUCUACCCUUUUAGUUUGUACUAUUCCUUUGUCGCGUGGAGACCCACCAAAGAAACCUUUGGUUCCUUCUCGCCCCAAGAUUCAGUCCAACGAGCGGAAAACUGUCAUUCAAGUUAGAACAUUCCGGGAUUUGCUGAAGGAUGAGUAUGAUGAGGAUUUAUUUGAUUACUAUGCCACCUCUCAACUUGUUUUGGUUUCUUUGGAUGGUACAGUGAAAGAGAUAGGCACACCGGCUGUUUACACAUCUAUGGAUCCUUCCCCUGAUGAGAAGUACCUUUUGAUUAGUUCAAUUCAUAGACCAUAUUCUUUUAUUGUACCAUGCGGAAGGUUCCCCAAGAAAGUGGAUGUGUGGACAUCUGAUGGGAAAUUUGUUAAAGAACUCUGCGACUUGCCCCUUGCAGAGGACAUUCCUAUUGCAUUCAAUAGUGUACGAAAAGGGAUGAGGUCAAUCAAUUGGAGAGCAGAUAAGCCUUCAACUAUAUACUGGGCAGAGACACAAGAUGGAGGUGAUGCAAAAGUGGAAGUUUCGCCGCGUGAUAUAAUUUAUACACAGCCUGCAGAACCACAAGAAGGUGAACAGCCAGAAAUCUUACACAAACUUGAUCUUCGCUAUGGUGGGAUUUCGUGGUGUGAUGAUUCACUGGCUCUGGUCUACGAGUCGUGGUACAAGACACGUCGAACAAGAACCUGGGUGAUAUCUUCUGGAUCAGAAGAUGUGAGUCCACGCAUACUUUUUGAUAGGUCAUCUGAGGAUGUGUACUCUGAUCCUGGUUCUCCCAUGAUGAGAAGAACCCCUGCUGGGACUUACGUGAUAGCUAAACUAAGGAAGGAAAACAAUGAAGGGACUUACCUUUUGCUGAAUGGAAAUGGUGCUACACCAAAGGGGAACAUCCCCUUCCUUGAUUUGUUUGACAUAAAUACUGGCAGCAAAGAACGAAUAUGGGAGAGUGACAAGGAAAAGUAUUAUGAGAGUGUUGUUGCUUUGAUGUCGGAUCAGAAAGAAGGGGAUAUACACAUUAAUGACCUGAAGAUACUUACUUCUAAAGAGUCAAAAACUGAGAAUACCCAAUAUUACAUUCAAAGUUGGCCAAAUAGGAAAUUAUUUCAGAUCACAGACUUCCCUCAUCCAUAUCCACAGUUGGCAUCAUUGCAGAAAGAGAUGAUUAGAUACCAGAGAAAGGAUGGGGUUCAACUUACUGCAACAUUGUACUUGCCACCAGGCUAUGAUCCAUCAAAAGAGGGCCCUCUUCCAUGUCUGGUUUGGUCUUACCCUGGGGAAUUUAAAAGCAAAGAUGCAGCUGGACAAGUUCGUGGUUCUCCUAAUGAGUUUGCAGGCAUAGGUCCAACAUCAGCUCUCCUAUGGCUUGCUAGAAGAUUUGCCAUUUUAUAUGGGCCAACAAUCCCAAUUAUUGGUGAAGGGGAUGAAGAAGCGAAUGAUAGGUACGUAGAGCAACUGGUUUCAAGUGCAGAGGCAGCUGUUGAGGAAGUUAUCCAACGUGGAGUAGCUCAUCCUAAUAAAAUUGCUGUUGGGGGACAUUCUUAUGGAGCAUUCAUGACCGCAAACCUUCUGGCACAUGCUCCUCACCUUUUCUGUUGUGGGAUUGGUCGGUCUGGAGCUUACAACAGAACCCUUACACCCUUCGGAUUUCAGCAUGAGGAUAGAACUCUUUGGGAAGCAACUAAUACCUAUAUAGAGAUGAGCCCAUUCAUGUCUGCAAAUAAAAUCAAGAAGCCGAUCUUGCUUAUCCAUGGGGAAGAAGACAAUAACUCUGGAACACUAACCAUGCAGUCGGAUCAUUUCUUCAAUGCUUUGAAGGGUCAUGGAGCUCUUUGUCGCCUUGUCAUUCUACCCUUCGAGAGCCAUGGUUAUGCUGCUCGAGAAAGCAUCAUGCAUGUCCUCUGGGAAACAGAUAGAUGGCUUCAAAAGCAUUGUGUGUCAAACACUUCUGAAGUGAGUGCAGAUACGAGCCAAGAUAAAAAAAGCAACGAAGUUACAGAGUCUGAAAGCAAAGCAGCUGCUGCUAGUGGAGGUGGUGGUACAGAGCUGGCAGAUGAUUUUGAAAGUGAACAAUUCCAUUCAAAGCCAAGGUCAUUAAUGUGGUAAUUUAAUAAUUCCUCUGUUGUUUCUGGUCUUUAUUUUCACCACAGUUUGUUGAAGAACAGAUUCAUCAACAUAAUAACUCUUAUUGAGUAUGUUUUUGUAGAUUACAUCGCUGAGCUUUGGCCUCCGAGGACUAACAUUGGACUGAACAUGAUUGGUAUAAAAUAGCAAAUGCUGGAAAUUUCGACCCAUCAAUUAUCAUAAUCCUAGAUGAUUGCUGUGGACAUUAACUUCUACUGGAACCCCAGAAUACAAUUUGGUUUGAAUUCUUAAAUCACAGGUACCCGGCACAUGGCCUGUGUGAUCUAAAAUCACGUAAACAUAGUGCUCAUUUUCGUUAUCUUCCCCACUCUCACUGCGUGUAUUAAAGCACUUCAGCCGAUCAAAUGCAGUAAUGCAGUUGGCAAACUGGAAAUUCAGGAUUUAUGUAUUGUUGUAUCUUAAGCAAACUGUGACAAAUUACAAUGGCCUAUUUAUUACCCUUUAUCAUAGGUUGGUUGUUUUAAGUUGCAAAACACUUGGGAGUUGGGACGACUUCCGGUUGUUUAGCCAUUCCAAAUUGCUUGUUCUUAUCAUGUUUAUCUACAAUUUCGCCUUAAAUAAAACAUUCACAAACUGAAAUACCAAGGUGUAGGAAUGAUGGAAUGGAAUCCCGGUUCUACUGAGAUGCAACUAAGAAGAGCAAAGAAACAGAAAAACUUGGCUUGGUCUAAAUAGCUUUAAACUGCAUCAAACAUGUCCAAGUC